AUGCAGCGGGUUUCGGCUCUGCUUCCAAGCUGGGACCGUAGCCGGAACAGCGCCGGGAGCGGCAGCACUAAUGGCAACAAGACGAGCCUCGACAAGGUUCGCGGAUGGGCCGACAAGAUCCCCUCGCCAACGAAUCGGUUGAGCACGUCUCGACUCACAAAGGAAGCCUUCUGGCCUACGACGCUGGAUAAGGAAUGCGAGAAGGCGGCUCGCAUCCUCAAGUCGUUUUGCAGCGAUGGCUUCUUGGUCCCUGACGAGCGGCCAACCAGUCCGUUGACCACAUCGAGCGGCGGCACCAGCACCAGUAGAGUCUUGAAGAAGAUCCCGCCGAGAAUAAUGCAGAAUGCCGUGGGGCUAGCCGUGUUUACUUCCAUGCGCUCCGGCUUGUGGACGUCUGGAUCGGGAGGUAGUGGUAUCCUGCUAGCCCGUAAGGCGGAUGGCACUUGGUCACCACCGUCCGGGCUGAUGCUGCAGACUGCAACCCUGGGGUUUGUCUUAGGGGUUGACAUAUACGACUGCGUUGUCAUCAUCAACACGUUCACCAUGCUGGAGACAUUCGGCAGAUCCAAAUUCACACUCGGCACUGAUGUCAGCCUGGCCGCAGGUCCCCUCGUAUCGCUCGGGUUGCUCGAGAACGAUAUCAGAUGGGCGGAUUUGAGCGACACGGUCUUCACCUAUGUGAAAGCGAAAGGGCAAUCGGCCAACGUGAGGUUGGACGGCACCAUCUUGAGCCACCGACCCGACGAGAACGAACGAUUCUACGGCGCCAAUUUCAGCAUUCCCAAAAUCCUCGCUGGCGACGUCAACCAAAGUCUGCCCCAGUUGAGAUCAUUGUCCGAAAUACUCAAGGCGGCUGAAGGCAGGACGGACUACGACGCCGUACUUGUCGAGCAACUGGCUUCCACCCCAUGUCCCUCAGAUGCAAGUAUAGAAUCGCCGUCUAGCGUAAGCUCAUUAUCGCCAUCUUUUGGCAUUCCCGACAUCGAAGAUCCUGACCCGUUCGGGGUCUUGGCGCUCGAGAUGGCGGGACUGGAAAUUCGCGAGGCCGGAACGAGGCUCAGGCCCGAAAGCAGCCAGUUCGAGUAUGCCCCAAGCCCCACAAGCAUUGCGUUCCCCAGAGCCGGGCGCCAAAGCGUCGACACUUACUUGUCGAGAAGUAAUAGAGGUAGCUACAUGUCCAGCAAAACGAUGGCCACCGAGCGCAGUCAAAUGACUGAUGCGUGUACUCAAACAGAGCUCAACACGCCGGAAACGACACCGAGCCCGAGCUACAGCGAGAAUGGGCAACCGCGGCGAAUUAGCGAGGAGGUGCCAAAAUUUGAAGAAGAACCCGAGGAAGUCGAUUAUACCAAGAUCGACUUGAGCGCCCUGCGAAACUUGUCGGCGUUUCCAGAUUUGGAAGAGGAACCCAUCACCGCGAGUCCAGAAAAGCAUGUCUCGAAUGGCGAAGCUGAGGCGCACACCAGCGCUGAAGCCGAAAAACCAGAUAUUCAUGUCACCAACGACGAUGGAGUUGACGCCGACGACGAAGAAAUGGGCGAUUCUGAUAGCGAGGACGAGUUUGAAGACGCAGAACAGCAGGAGGAGGAAGAGCCUGUAGUGUAUGAGGUUGCGACAGCACAAGCCCCCCCUCGUAUGACUAUCGUUGCGGCUCAGGCUAUCCAGAUGAAGGGGGCAGUGGUCACAAUUCCUCGCCGAAUCCCGCCACCUUUGCCGCUUCGCAGCCCAGCUCGCAUGUCUCGCGCAAGCAAAAGCGAGUUUGGCGAUGUGAGCAUGAUGGCCAGCCCUCUCCGACAAGAGUUCGAAACCGGCGUUCAGAUUGAGGAGGCUGCAACCCCCAAGCCUGGCGAGACGUUCAUCGCUUCUACGAACGGUGCUGCCAGUCCGCUGAGCACGGCUGGCGACGCGGAACCAGCCACUAGUAGCACGGAGGUCGAACGCUCGGCAACGCCAACUCAGGAGACAAUCAACCCGCUGUCCGACAGCCACGAUCAAGCACGUGCAGCAGUUACGGCAACGCAACCAGCAUUCAUCGAGGCAGAGAAGGUUGAGCCCGAGUCCAACCAUGGCGUACCGGUAUCGGUUGCAUAA